CACUGCAGCCUGCCUGGAAGUGACACCCACAGAGGCCUCAGCUUCUGCUGCUGGAGGGGGUUGGAGAUGCCCCUGUUGGCCAAACAGCCCUCCUGAGAGGAGUUCCCUAAGCUACCUGGGGCUUCUCCCAGCUCAAGUGCCACAGUAACUCUGCACCCCUAGUGGCUGUGGAUGUCAGUAAUUAACAGCUAAGAUCAGCAGGGGGCUGUUUGUACAAGGGAACCCUUACACAGUAAUAAUGCUUGCCUCUUUGUUUGCAUAAAAGCUGCGGCGCUGCAAAAUAAAUUCAUAUGGAUUUUAUUGGACCAGUAAUUGAUGAAAAAUCUAGCAUUUUUAGUGAGCAAGAGAUAGUAAAUGGAUAUUUAUUGUGUAAUAUUCAUUACUGCUAAUUUAAGAUGAAUAAAAUGUCUUCAGCUGUUCUUUUUAUUUUAUAUCAGUGACUAUAAACAGUGUAUUUUGUGGGAUCUGUCGUGACCCCUGGCAGUCAGAUACCUGGUUUCAGUGAGAGGGUUGGUGGGUGGGAAAUGCCUGGGGUGCUGCCUGGUACCUCCUUGGGUCCUGGCCCCUCUCCUGUGCUGUGCCGUUGUCUGGGUAGAGGAGGAGCCAGAUCCUUUGACCUGGGAGCAGUGGGAGGCUGGGAGGUCACUGGGACUGGAGUCUUGGCCCUGUGAGCCACGGGGGCUGCUGGGAGAUGAGAAUGCGAGUCUGGAGGAGGCUGGCCAUCUAGUCCUCAGUGGCUCAGGCAAGUGACUUAGCCUCUGAGCCUGGUCUCCUUGCCUGUGAUGUGACCACUGUACUUACCUUGAAGGUAGUGGUAAGAACUCAGCGAAAGAAGGUUUCUAAAGGACUUAGCACAGCACCCGGUAGGUGGCAGUGAUGCUGCUGCUGUGGGGUUUUGAGUCUCUAAGGGAGUAGCUGGGUGCUGCACUCCGUGGGGCUUUGCAGGGUAGAACGGACCUCAGAUGAAGGCCUGGCACUGGAAAUCUGGGUUUGGGAGGAGUGGAGGAGAAGAGAAUACCAGGAGCUAUGCUUGAGGAGCAACUACCCAGGUGGAAGCCAGAUUAUGUGCUGUGGAAGAAGAUACAUUUGAGGUUUACCUUUAUGUAACUAUAAAAGAUGAAAAGGUUUGUGUUAAUGAUGAUCUUGUUGCAAAGAACUAUGCUUGUUAUAUAUCACCUACGAAGAAUAAAAACCUUCAAUAUUUAGAAAAACCAAGAUUGAAUAUAAAAUCAGCACCCUCCUUCAAUAAACUCAAUCCAGCACUUACACUCUGGCCAAUGUUUUUGCAAGGAAAAGAUGUUCAAGGAAUGGAAGAUUCACAUGGUUUAAAUUUUCUGGCACAAUCUCUGCAGCAUACAUGGCGCAGGGGUAUUGUCGGUGACCUCAGGCCAACAGCCACAGCACCGGACAAAGCUGUAAAAUGUAAUAUGGAUUCAUUGAGAGAUUCACCUAAAAACAAAUCUGAAAAGAAACACCAUUGCAUCUCUUUAAAAGAUACAAAUAAGUGUGUUGAAUCUUCAGCGUACUGGCCAACAAAAAGAGGCAUAACCAUAUAUGCUGAUCCAGAUGUACCAGAAGGAAGUGCUUUAAGUCAGAAGCCAAAUGAGAAACCUCUUAGAUUGGCUGAGAAGAAAGAAUAUGAUGAGAAGAAUAGCUGUGUGAAAUUACUGCAGUUUUUAAAUCCUGAUCCUUUGAGAGCUGACGGAAUCUCUGAUCUCCAGCAGUUGCAGAAGCUGAAGGGCCUGCAGCCUCCUGUGGCAGUGCUCCGAAACAAGAUUGAGCCCUGCUUAACCAUUGACUCGUCGCCGCUGUCAGCAGACCUGAAGAAGGCUCUUCAAAGAAAUAAGUUUCCGGGCCCCAGCCACACUGAGUCUUACUCUUGGCCUCCCAUAGCGCGUGGCUGUGAUGUGGUUGUCAUUUCUCACUGUGAAAGCAGCCCUUUGCUCUACCUCCUACCAGUGUUGACAAUUUUGCAAACAGGGGCCUGCUACAAGUCAUUACCAAGUAGAAAUGGACCUCUUGCAGUCAUUGUGUGCCCUGGGUGGAAGAAGGCCCAAUUUAUUUUUGAAUUAUUGGGAGAAUAUAGUAUGUCCUCCAGGCCUCUUCAUCCUGUGCUAUUAACAAUCGGGCUCCAUAAAGAGGAAGCCAAAAAUACGAAGCUUCCAAGGGGCUGUGAUGUGAUUGUUACGACCCCAUACAGCCUGCUGAGGCUUCUCGCCUGUCAGAGCCUGCUGUUCCUCAGGCUCUGCCACCUGAUCCUGGAUGAGGUGGAGGUGCUCUUCUUGGAAGCUAAUGAACAGAUGUUUGCUAUAUUAGAUAACUUUAAAAAAAAUAUUGAAGUUGAAGAAAGGGAAUCUGCACCACAUCAGAUUGUUGCAGUUGGAGUUCAUUGGAACAAACAUAUAGAACAUCUCAUCAAAGAGUUCAUGAAUGAUCCCUACAUUGUAAUCACAGCCAUGGAAGAGGCUGCUCUCUAUGGCAAUAUCCAACAGGUAGUACAUCUUUGCCUAGAAAGUGAAAAGACUUCUACUUUACUCCAAGCUCUUGAUUUCAUUCCAAGUCAGGCACAAAAGACCUUGAUCUUCACCUGCUCUGUAGCUGAAACAGAAAUAGUGUGUAAGGUAGUAGAAAGCAAUUCAAUAUUUUGCUUGAAGAUGCAUAAAGAGAUGAUUUUUAACUUACAAAAUGUUUUAGAACAGUGGAAGAAGAAGUUAAGUUCUGGCUCUCAAAUUGUAUUAGCCCUCAUGGACGACUGCGUCCCACUCUUGGCCAUCACCGAUGCCACGUGUGUAAUUCACUUCAGCUUCCCUGCCUCGCCGAAAGUGUUUGGUGGACGCCUGUAUUGCAUGUCUGAUCAUUUUCACGCAGAACAGGGUUCUCCUGCAGAACAGGGAGAUAAGAAAGCCAAAUCUGUCUUGCUGCUGACGGAGAAAGAUGCGAGCCACGCAGUGGGCAUCCUGCGCUACUUGGAGCGAGCAGACGCCAAGGUCCCCGCAGAGCUGUACGAGUUCACCGCGGGAGUUCUGGAAGCCAAAGAGGAUAAGAAAGCCGGAAGACUUCUUUGUCCGUAUCUGAAGGCUUUUGGUUUUUGCAAAGACAAGAGGAUCUGUCCUGACCGACACCGUAUUAAUCCAGAAACGGACAUGCCCAGGAAACUAUCCAGCCAAGCCCUACCUUCAUUUGGAUACAUUAAAAUAAUACCUUUUUAUAUUUUGAAUGCAACAAAUUACUUUGGCCGUAUAAUUGAUAAACACAUGGAUCUUUAUGCAACUCUCAAUGCUGAAAUGAAUGAGUAUUUUAAGGAUUCUAAUAAAACAACUGUGGAAAAGGUGGAGAAGUUUGGAUUGUAUGGAUUAGCAGAACAAACACUUUUUCACAGGGUUCAGGUGUUGGAAGUGAGCCAAAAAGAAGACGCCUGGGCCCUGGAUGACAUCCUUGUAGAGUUCAUCGACGAAGGCAGGACAGGACUUGUCACAAGGGACCAGCUGCUACAUCUCCCAGAACGUUUCCACACGCUUCCCCCGCAGGCUGUGGAGUUUAUUGUCUGUAGGGUGAAACCUGCAGACAAUGAAAUGGAAUGGAAUCCGAAGGUUACUAGGUACAUCCAUCAUAAAAUUGUUGGAAAAUUGCAUGUUGCAAAAGUGAUCCUGGCUUUGGGAAAUACAGUUUGGAUUGAUCCAUUGGUGCACAUUACAAACCUUUCCAAUUUAAAAACCUCUGUCAUUGAUUAUAAUGUUCGAGCUGAAAUUUUGUCCAUGGGAAUGGGCAUUGAUAAUCCAGAACAUAUAGAACAACUGAAAAAAUUACGUGAAGACGCAAAGAUACCGGCUUUUGAAGAAAGCCUAAGCCAGACCCCGCCGACAGUGACAGGGACCAGGCCUGCUCAAGACCAGGAUCGUCCAUCCAAGGAGCAGGAGGGGCAGGGGAUGCCUCCUCCAGCAGAAGAUGCCACUCGCCUGCAGAGCCCCCAGCCUGAGGACACGGGUGCAGAAGGAGGGGCUGAGUCCAAGAUGAGCUCAGAAAACCAGAAGCCUGAAACUUCAUCUGGAAACACUGAAGGUGCCUCCAUUAGCAGAACUGCACAGCCACCUCUGAAAAGCUUCCACCCACAAAUAAAAUGGUUCCAAAAAGAAGAUGUCGUCAUCUUAAAGAUAAGAAUAAGGAAUGUAAAGGACUGCAAGUGUCAGUAUUUCAGGGACAGAGUCGUUUUCAGUGCUUGGGUGGGAGACAGAUUUUACCUGGCUGAUCUGGAGCUGCGGGGCAACAUAAGGAAAGAUGAGUGCAAAUGUGUAAUUAGAAACGAGGAGCCUGUGAUCACUCUGGCCAAAGAGAGAAGGGAGGCAUGGUGUCACCUACUCAGACAGAGGAACCCCAACGUGGCUUUUGAUUUUGAUCACUGGGAAGACUGUGAAGAGGACAGCCAGUUCCCCAAGGUAGUGAAUUCUAAAAGCCUGCCGUACACAGUGGCAGAGAUGGUUGAAGACAGUAGCAGCAGCACUUCAGAGGAUGAUGACAGUGAGAGUGAAUGAUGUCCUCAAGAGCGGCUGGAAGAUGUUGAACAAAAAUGGAUAUUGCCAUGUGACUUCAAAGUUAAGAAAACAGUCAGUCAUAACCAAAUCUUUCUUUCUUUCUUUUUUUUUUUUUUUGAGACAGUCUUGUUCUGACGGCCAGGCUGGAGUG